AUGUCUCGGCGUCUCGACCAGUUGGCCAUUGCCGGUAGCGAGCACCCGCUGAUUGCGCCUGUCAUUGGCAUCUUCGACGCCGGGACGACAUGGAACGUCGUCUACUUCCUGCAUGACCGCCUCAUGCCCAUGCGUACGCUCGCCCAAGAUGUCGCGUCGAAAGAUGGCUACACCGAGGCGCAGCUCCACCGGAAAGCGUUUGCGCUUGUCGACGCGCUGCACUAUCUGCACACGCGUGGGAUCGUCCAUGGCAACCUCACCAUCCACCACCUCUACAUUGCUGGCGAUCGCUUGCAACUGCUGCUGCCGCCGUUCCUGGACUUGCACACGGCGACUGCCAUGCACCCGCCGACGCCCCACUGCAAAGCCGCCGAUAUCUUUGCAUUUGGGGCGCUCAUCUACCUCUUGACGACGGGCCACGACCCCCAC